CCGCCCCGCCCCGCCCGGCGGCGCCCGGCUCCCGUAACGGUCGCGGCGCGGGGCUGAGGCUCUCCGAGGCGCUGCCCGGGGCGUGCGGCAGGAGGCGGGCGGCCGGGGAGAGGGAGAGGGAGAGGGAGAGAGAGAGGGAGAGAGAGAGAGAGAGGAGAGCGGCCGGCGAGAGGCGACCCGCGGCUCCUGCCGAUUGUACCUGUCAUUUGGCUUGGAGAGCACAGCUCGCCAUGGGACGGCCUCAACGAUAUCUCUCCAGAAGGGGUCUCUUACUUGGGUGAUGUGUCUGCUGUCCUGACUGUCUUCAUACCCAAAGGAUUUAUUUUCCUUUUGGAAAUAUUUUAAAUUGAAAUAUUGUUCCUUACUGGAAACUGUGUACACUAAAGACUGCAAGCAUCAUGGGUGAUAUGGCAAACAACUCGGUUGCAUAUACUGGUGUAAAAAAUGCUGUCAAAGAAGCUAAUCAUGGAGAUUUUGGAGUUACUCUUGCAGAGCUCCGUUCUCUUAUGGAACUUCGAGCUACAGAUGCACUGCAUAAAAUACAGGAAUGCUACGGAGAUGUACAGGGCAUCUGUACAAAAUUGAAAACUUCACCAAAUGAAGGUUUAAGUGGAAAUCCAGCAGAUAUAGAAAGGAGAGAAGCAGUUUUUGGGAAGAACUUUAUACCUCCUAAAAAGCCAAAAACUUUUCUUCAGUUAGUAUGGGAAGCACUACAGGAUGUUACACUAAUUAUAUUAGAAAUUGCAGCCGUAGUAUCCUUGGGCCUUUCUUUUUACCAGCCUCCAGGAGGAAAUGAAGCAUUAUGUGGAUCAGUAAAUGUUGGUGAAGAGGAGGAAGAAUCUGAAGCAGGCUGGAUUGAAGGAGCAGCAAUCCUCCUGUCUGUAGUUUGUGUGGUAUUAGUAACAGCUUUCAAUGAUUGGAGUAAAGAGAAACAAUUUCGGGGAUUGCAGAGCCGUAUUGAACAAGAACAGAAAUUCACGGUCAUCAGAGGUGGCCAAGUCAUCCAGAUACCAGUAGCUGACAUAAUUGUUGGAGAUAUUGCACAAGUGAAAUACGGUGAUCUUUUGCCAGCUGAUGGUAUACUCAUUCAAGGAAAUGACCUCAAAAUUGAUGAAAGCUCGCUGACUGGAGAAUCUGAUCAUGUUAAGAAGUCUCUGGACAGGGAUCCUAUGCUGCUUUCAGGUACACAUGUGAUGGAAGGCUCUGGGAGGAUGGUUGUUACUGCUGUAGGUGUGAACUCUCAGACUGGAAUCAUCUUUACCUUACUCGGGGCUGGAGGAGAUGAAGAAGAGAAGGAGAAAGAAAAAGAGAAGAAGGACAAGAAAAGUAAAAAACAAGAUGGAGCUGUUGAGAACCGUAACAAAGCUAAAGCCCAGGAUGGUGCAGCCAUGGAAAUGCAACCACUGAAGAGUGAGGAUGGUGCGGAUGGAGAUGAGAAAGACAAGAAGAGAGCAAAUUUGCCAAAGAAAGAAAAAUCUGUUCUCCAAGGCAAACUUACAAAGCUAGCUGUUCAGAUUGGCAAAGCAGGCUUGUUGAUGUCUGCAAUCACGGUCAUUAUCCUUGUGUUGUAUUUUGUAAUUGAUACCUUCUGGGUUCAGAAGCGACCUUGGCUUGCUGAAUGUACACCAAUUUAUAUUCAGUACUUUGUGAAGUUCUUCAUUAUUGGAGUUACAGUCUUGGUGGUAGCAGUACCAGAAGGUCUUCCACUUGCAGUCACUAUAUCGCUGGCUUAUUCUGUUAAGAAAAUGAUGAAGGAUAAUAACUUGGUGAGACACCUGGAUGCAUGUGAAACAAUGGGUAAUGCAACAGCUAUUUGCUCAGAUAAAACGGGAACAUUGACCAUGAACAGGAUGACAGUGGUCCAAGCCUACAUCAAUGAAAAACAUUACAAAAAAAUUCCAGAACCAGAAGCUAUUCCAGAGAAGAUUAUGGGUUACCUUGUCACAGGGAUUUCUGUUAAUUGUGCUUACACUUCCAAAAUACUGCCUCCUGAAAAAGAAGGUGGCCUACCACGUCAUGUUGGAAAUAAAACUGAAUGUGCCUUGCUGGGAUUGCUCUUGGAUUUAAAACGUGAUUAUCAGGAUGUAAGAAAUGAGAUACCAGAAGAGAAAUUGCACAAAGUGUACACCUUCAACUCUGUUAGAAAAUCUAUGAGUACUGUGUUAAAAAACUCUGAUGGCAGUUUCCGGAUAUUCAGUAAAGGUGCCUCUGAGAUAGUUCUUAAAAAGUGCUUCAAAAUACUGAGUGCUAAUGGAGAACCCAAGGUAUUCAGACCUAGGGACCGAGAUGAUAUCGUAAAAACUGUAAUUGAGCCAAUGGCUUCUGAAGGACUCAGAACCAUUUGUCUGGCGUUCAGAGACUUCCCAGCUGGGGAACCAGAGCCGGAAUGGGACAAUGAGAACGACAUUGUUACUGGUCUGACGUGCAUUGCUGUUGUUGGGAUUGAAGAUCCAGUGAGACCUGAGGUACCUGAUGCAAUAAAAAAAUGUCAGCGUGCAGGCAUAACUGUGCGUAUGGUCACUGGUGAUAACAUUAACACUGCUCGUGCUAUUGCAUUAAAAUGUGGUAUUCUGAAUCCUGGUGAAGACUUUCUGUGUUUGGAGGGCAAAGAUUUUAACAGGAGAAUACGCAAUGAAAAAGGAGAGAUAGAGCAAGAGCGAAUAGAUAAAAUUUGGCCAAAGCUUCGUGUUCUUGCAAGAUCAUCUCCUACUGACAAACACACUCUAGUAAAAGGUAUAAUUGACAGCACUGUCUUUGAUCAGCGGCAAGUUGUAGCAGUAACUGGUGAUGGUACCAACGAUGGUCCAGCACUGAAGAAGGCAGAUGUUGGAUUUGCCAUGGGAAUUGCUGGAACAGAUGUAGCUAAGGAAGCCUCUGAUAUUAUCCUUACGGAUGACAACUUCACAAGUAUAGUUAAAGCAGUUAUGUGGGGACGAAACGUGUAUGACAGCAUUUCCAAAUUUCUUCAGUUCCAGCUUACAGUCAAUGUAGUAGCAGUAAUUGUGGCUUUUACAGGAGCAUGCAUAACACAGGAUUCUCCACUUAAAGCUGUGCAGAUGCUGUGGGUAAAUCUCAUAAUGGACACAUUAGCCUCUCUUGCCCUGGCAACAGAGCCACCGACUGAAGCUCUUCUGUUGCGAAAGCCUUAUGGUAGAAACAAACCUCUGAUUUCCCGCACAAUGAUGAAGAAUAUCUUGGGUCACGCAUUCUAUCAACUGGUAGUGGUCUUUACACUCCUGUUUGCUGGUGAGAAAAUUUUUGAUAUCGAUAGUGGAAGAAAUGCACCUCUGCAUGCCCCUCCUUCAGAACAUUAUACUAUUGUAUUUAAUACAUUUGUGAUGAUGCAGCUGUUUAAUGAAAUUAAUGCCCGAAAAAUUCAUGGCGAAAGAAAUGUUUUUGAAGGGAUCUUUAACAAUGCUAUCUUCUGUGCUAUUGUUUUGGGGACGUUUGUUGUGCAGAUAAUUAUUGUGCAGUUCGGUGGAAAGCCUUUUAGUUGCUCAGAACUCUCAAUUGAACAGUGGCUGUGGUCUGUUUUCCUGGGCAUGGGAACACUACUCUGGGGCCAGUUGAUUUCAACAAUUCCAACCAGCCGCCUGAAAUUCCUUAAGGAAGCUGGUCAUGGAACACAAAAGGAAGAGAUUCCUGAGGAAGAGCUAGCAGAAGAUGUGGAGGAGAUAGAUCAUGCGGAGAGAGAAUUACGUCGUGGUCAGAUCUUGUGGUUUAGGGGCCUAAACAGGAUACAAACUCAGAUCCGAGUGGUGAAUGCAUUUCGUAGUUCCUUGUAUGAGGGGCUAGAGAAACCUGAGACACGAAGCUCAAUUCACAAUUUUAUGACGCAUCCUGAGUUUAGAAUAGAAGACUCCGAGCCUCAUAUUCCCCUUAUUGAUGAUACUGAUGCUGAAGAUGAUGCUCCAACAAAACGCAACUCUACUCCCCCACCCUCUCCCAAUAAAAAUAACAAUGCGGUUGACAGUGGAAUUCACCUUACAACAGACAUGAACAAGUCUGCUACCUCUUCAUCCCCAGGGAGCCCGCUACAUAGUUUGGAAACAUCACUCUGAUUGUAAGCUGAAUGUUAACACACUAGCUGCAUUGUAAAGAAAUUGAAACUGGGUCUCUUCACGCAUUAUGAUGGACAAGAUGAUAUUCUUGUCUUGGACUUCAACAGAAGACACACUUGUACGAAUGUAGAUUUAUUUUUUUAAAAAAAAAAAGCUUUCUGCCAGACUGGAGGGUGCUUUUUUGGGGGUGGGAGUAAUAAUGAACUCUGACAGAUGAACAGUAACUCAGCAUAAGUGACCUGUGGAUCAUCUGUUGUACUUAAGAAUGGUCCUGAACAGUGUGUUAGCAGAGCUUUAGUUUAUCUUGAUCCUUUUUUGAGGGGAAGGCUGGGAAGGGCAAGGAGGCCCUGGAUUGUUGAAUUGAUACUUUAAUUUCUGCUGUUGGCUGUUAAUAAUUUGGAUUAUUUAUGUUUAUAAAUGAUACAGAUCUGUUUACAAGGUUUGUAGAUACUUUUUUGUUCCUGUUCAUAGAUGGGAAGCUUCCUUAUAAAUGAUGCAGAGAAAAAAACAAACAAAAAAAAAAAAAAAAAAACUAGUCCUUCAAAUACUGCUGUAUUUUCAGGAAAAGGGUGUUUCUAUUGAAACUGUACUAAAUUUUGCCUGCAAUUUACCUUGUUAAAUAUUGUAGAUAAAUUGCUAAUACUAAUAGCCAAAUAGAUAACACUAAUGCUUUGUAAAAACAUGAGCAGUGGUGUUCUAAUGAAGUUAUGGCCUCUGUCCUAAUUAGUUUCUUAAAUACAUUUACUACUUAAUGGUUUUGAAACAACUGUUUAAUUUUUAAAAAUUUUGAGAAACUUACUGAAUAACUUUUGUUCAGAACUUAGUAGGAUUGUUUAAUGCAGGACAUCAAUAUGUGAUGGAACUUGCUUGAAAUAUUUCUGUUAUCUUGGGCAAAAUGGAUUAAAUCAAAAUACAUCAGAAUCUUAGUCCUUUGUUUUUGUCUAAACAUGUUUAGUGCUGUCUUGGUGAACUGUGAGUGGAACUGUGAUUUUUUUCUAAUCUAUAGAAUCCUUCAUGCAGCAUGAGGGCUGUUGGCAUUUUGAAAGGUUGUUAGUGGGUAGCAUACAUGUUCUCCUUUUUGUUUUUGAAACUUGUUUGUAAACAUGAAUAAAUCUGCCCUUUUGUUAAAAUAAAA